CUGUAAGGGCCACACAGGGGGAGGCGGCGAGGGGUUAAUGUCUGAGUGUGCUCAGUGACAUCACAGUGACCUUUACUCUGUAAUAACAGACAGGAGGGAGCCGAGUGCAGCCAGAGGAGGCAGAGUCUCCACACAGAGCCAGGCCAUGGGGCUCUUCUCCUACCCGGCCUCCUUCCUCCCCGGGCUGCCCUGGGGCAGUGUGGACUCUCUUCUACAAGGUGUGGUCGGGGCGUGCGCCGUCUCCGUCCUCUACAAUCUGAUGCGGGUUUAUCUCUUCAUCAAAUGUCUCAAUGAUCCGGAGAGAGAGAAGAAAGCGCCGCGGCUCGGAUCUCAGUCCCGCCUCCGCGGUCUGCUCCACCUGCUGCUACUCAGCCUCAUCUAUGCCCUGCUGGGGCCCCGGGUGGGGGCUCUGGUGGUCCUGGAAUUCUCUCUGCGUGCCGUCUCCAUGAUCCUGUCCAUGCAGAAGGGCUCCCAGAGCUCACAGCUCUUCCUCCUCUGCCAGUUCUCGCUGGGUUGUGGCAUCGCCUGCAGCCUGGACUACCUCCACGAAGGGGCGCCGCACCGCACCUGGAACCUGGUGCUGGCCGCCGGCCUCUCCGCCCUGAUCGUGUGGCAGACGGGGCGGAUGUGCCGCCACGUUGGGGAGAUGUACCGGCUGCACAGCAGCGAGCGUUACUGCGGGGUGUGCCUGAGUCUCCUGGCAUGCUGGCACGACAUGCCGCCCUUCCUGGGCCGGGCGCUGAAGGUGGCCUUCCUGGUGUCGGAUUUGGCGGCGGUCGCCGUGAUCAACCGAGAUUUCCUGACGACGUCGGAGGCCGUCCGGUUCUGGACCCCGCUGACCAUCUGCUACACCCUGCUGGUCAUCUAUAUGCAAGAGGAGCAGCACCAGCACCCCACAGAGCAGAUGGCGUUCCAGACGGUGUGUGUCCGGAUGGGGGGUCUCCUGAUCCUGAUGAUGACGGUGGGGCGGUGGGCGGACAUUCUGCACAUUUUCUUGUCUCUGAUUGGAGAGAUCUGGUGUCUGAUGUACGGCGGGAUGAUGCUGGAGAUUUGCAGAGAGGAGGAUUAUGGGAUCAAAGUAUCCAAUUCUAGAGGAGCCCCGGGCCCCCGAGACCACCGGAGACCCCUGAAGAUAGAAGCCCCCCAGGAGGAGAGAGACUGACCCCCCUGAGCAAAGAAACGACUGUUACAUAGACACAGCGGAUGUUCCUCCUAUAGAGAGGAUCCCUCACACAUACUGUGGUGCAGUACGAGGAUCCGAGAACGUCCGCUCCUUCUACAUCCGAGGACGUCCGCUCCUUCUACAUCCGAGGAUCCGAGGACGUCCGCUCUUUCUACAUCCGAGGAUCCGAGAGCAUGAACCUGUGAUAAGGGAGAUACAUUUGUAUGGCGGAAUCUUUCCUCACCUCGUCAUGGAGGAACAUCCGUGAAUCUCCGCUCCUUCUACAUCCGAGGAUCCGAGGACGUCCGCUCUUUCUACAUCCGAGGAUCCGAGAACGUCCGCACCUUCUACAUCCGAGGAUCCGAGAACGUCCGCUCCUUCUACAUCCGAGGAUCCGAGGACGUCCGCUCUUUCUACAUCCGAGGAACCGAGAACGUCCGCUCUUUCUACAUCCGAGGAUCCGAGAACGUCUGCUCCUUCUACAUCCGAGGAUCCGAGGACCUCCGCUCCUUCUACAUCCGAGGAUCCGAGAACGUCCGCUCCUUCUACAUCCGAGGAUCCGAGGACCUCCGCUCCUUCUACAUCCGAGGAUCCGAGGACCUCCGCUCCUUCUACAUCCGAGGAUCCGAGGACGUCCGCUCCUUCUACAUCCGAGGAUCCGAGAACGUCCGCUCCUUCUACAUCCGAGGAUCCGAGGACGUCCGCUCCUUCUACAUCCGAGGAUCCGAGGACGUCCGCUCCUUCUACAUCCGAGAACAUUAACCCCGAACUGUCCCCUCAUCCGAACCCAUUUCUAAAAUCAUAAUAAAAGCAAAAGUCUGCAUUG